AUGCCCAUCCGUAAUCCUUUUCGCCGCGCUGGCCCUGCCGAAGUCAACGAGGAGGCCCAGCGGAGCAAUGCGGAGAACGAGUUCAAGAACACCGCAGUCUCGGGCGCAAAGCCACUGCACGUCGACACGCCCUCGGAAUACAAACUGAGUGAGAUUAACGACAGCGGAGUGUACCUGCCGCCGUCGCCCACACAGGAGAAGCCCGCCUUCUGGCAUUCCAAGUCCAACACAUCGACGACGUCCUCGAACCACCGGAGCAUGCUCAGCGAGAACGAGCCGUUCAACAUUUCGCGCGAGAGUUUCGACUCCUACAGGCGGUCAUUUGACAUCUCGGCCCGUUCUCCCAUGCAGGAUAUCCUCGGCGAGACAUACCCGCGCCAGUCACUCGACGCGCGACGCUCAGUAGACACGCGCCGCUCUCUGGAUGUCCGCCGCUCGCGCGCUACACCGCGCUCGUCGAUGCAACAACACCGCCCUAACAGCGCGAACCCGGUGCCUGAGGAGGGAUUCGAGGACGUUGGCCUGAAUGACGAGUCGAAGCCCGUGCCCCAGAAGAAGCGCAGCAUCUUUGCCCGCUUCGGAGACAACAGCAGCAACGACAAGCAGGAAGAGCGCCCGACGUCAGGCCACCACUUCUCGCUGACGGGGCGGAAGAGAGCGGAAAGCGGCGGUGCGGAGCUGAAGCCCAUGUCGAAGGGAUCGUCGGAGACGCCCGUUGAGUCGCGGUAA